AAAUGGAUAAAAAUAAUGAGAUUUAAUAUUAUAACUGGGUAAUUUCAAUGCUCAACUUUUUUAUGAAUUUAAUUUAGCUAUUGAUGGGUGAAGAUUGAUAAUAUACAUGUUCAAAUAAUUCCAUAUACUUUGUCAUAUUCAAUCAGCAACUCAUUCAGUAAGUAUUAGGCAUUCCUGGAGCUGGGCAUACAACCCAAACCAAAAGCAAAGCGAGGCCUUGCUCUCAUGAAUUUUACAUUCCAGAUUCCUGAAUACAAUAGUGCUUGACACUCCAUUAUAUUUCAUGAACACUUUCCAAAUAAUGGCAAGAUGCGAAGCAGGCUGGAAUUUCUCAACGCUGGUUUGCACCUCUAAAUAAACAAAGGAUUUAUGGCUGCCUGUGCAGUCUUACACAAGUUACUUAGCAUUUAUAUUUCCCCCGUCAAGGAAUAUGACCACUGGGGUUUUUCUUGUUAACGUGAGAUGUGUUGAUUAUUCAGCAGUUACUGUGAUUGCUGUCGUUCUCUGGUCACAACAAAAACGCACUUGCUCAACAGGAUCACCUUUGCAACUUUGAAAACGUUCUACAGCCUUUGGCUGCACACUAGACCAAUCAAAUCCCAAAUUCUGAGCACGGAACACAGGGUUCAGAGACGCUCUGCUCGGUGGUUCCAACGUGCAGGCAGGUCUAUGGUUCUAGACUUCUCCUACCCCAUUCACCUGACUGCUUGGUAGAAUCAGUGCGCAUCUGCGGAUAACGAAAUUCAUAUAACCGAGGUGCACACAUCGGGGGUUUUUUACUGUAACUUGAAUACAGAUCUUUCCCACUUAUCUAGAAUGGGGACAGUGACUGUGUCGUGCACAGCUGCGUGUGUGUGACCAUAACUUGUGUAAGGACUGCUACCGCAGCCUCAGCUGGGCCUGCCCGGAGGGAGAGAGAGAAGAGCAGGAAGAGCGCUCGCUGCCUGGGGCGCUGGGCCCGGGUGGGGAAGCCGCUCCCGCGGGGAUCAGCCCCUGGGCCCACCUUCCCCUUCUCGGCGCCGCUCCUCGCCCACCCCGACCCGCGAUCGCGGCCCAGGGCUGGUGUUGGCGCCCCCCUCUCGCUUCCCGCCUGCACCGCGGGGGUCAGAGCUCAGCUCGAGUCAUGGAGCUCGGGCCGCACAGCAGGCCCGCUGAGCCGGGGCGUUGCGUGAGCGGCUCGCCCAGCGCGGGCUCAGCGUUCCCGGCGUCCCGGGUGCCUGCCGCCGGGGCCGAGCCCGGCAGUCGGCCCGCAGCGGUGGCCGCCGUGCUGCCGGCCGGGGGCUGCGGGGAGAGGAUGGGCGUCCGCACCCCGAAGCAGUUCUGCCGCGUUCUGGAGAGGCCGCUCAUCAGCUACACCCUGCAGGCCUGGAGAGUAUGCUGGAUAAAGGACAUUGUGGUGGCAGUGACAGGGGAGAACAUGGAAGCAAUGAGGAACAUCAUCCAGAGGUAUGGGCACAAGCGCAUCUCACUAGCUGAGGCUGGAGCCACGCGCCACAGGUCGAUUUUCAAUGGACUGAAAGCCCUGGCAGAGGAUCAGCCAGACUGUAAACUCACUAAGCCAGAAGUGGUGAUUAUCCACGAUGCUGUGAGACCUUUUGUGGAGGAAGAUAUUCUCCUGAGAGUUGUCAUGGCAGCUAAGGAGCAUGGGGCAGCAGGGGCAGUUCGACCUCUGGUGUCCACUGUCAUCAGUCCUGCUGCUGAUGGCUGCUUAGACCAUGCCCUGGACCGGGCCAAACACAGGGCAAGUGAAAUGCCACAGGCUUUUCUCUUUGAUGUGAUCUAUGAGGCAUAUCAGCAGUGUAGUGACUAUGACUUGGAAUUUGGAACAGAGUGCUUGCAGUUGGCCCUAAAAUACUGUCACACGAAAGCGAAACUUGUAGAAGGGCCCCCCGAGCUCUGGAAGGUGACCUACAAACAAGAUCUGUAUGCAGCCGAAUCACUGAUUAAGGAGAAAAUUUCACAAGAGAUUUGUGUGGUUGUGAACACAAAAGAUGAAGAAUCUGUAGGGCAUCUUCUCAAGGAAGUGCUAAAAAAUGAAUUAAAUUGUGCUGCCAUCACACCCACAGCUCUGGAUCACUCAGGUGGAGACGUUCAGAACUUCCUCAUAGACCAGUGCUAUAGCUUCAUCUGUGUGACUGUUCUGUCCUCUGAUUUUCAAGCGCCCCGGAAGUUCCUGACUGCACUUGAGGAGAGCAGCCUUCCUCUCUUGUAUCCUGUAGUUGUUGUUUUGGUGCACUGCCUCGACUUCACCUUCGUCCUGCCCACUCAGAAGAUGGAAAGCCUGAGGUGGAUCAGGGACUUGGCAAAGGAACUGAAAAAAAGGAAUGUUUUAUUAAGUGGACUCCUCAUAAACUACUCACAGGAUGAGCAGAAACUACAAGAGAGUUUACAGCAAGGUGCUUCCAUCAUAGCUGCCCUAGUUAAAGAAAGAAGGCCUGCACUCGCUGGUCAGCUCCUGGUGGCGUAAAGAACACAGACAAGUCAUCGAUGAGCUGCCAAGGACACUUCCCCAGACUCCACCUCGUGCCUGCCUCCCCACCUCACUGUCUGUCCCUCGUGUGUGGGAGAGAAGUUUAGUUGUUUUCUUCAUCUUGCCACUUAUAGGAUGUGAUGCUUAGGUUGUCAAAAUGGGUUAGUGUUCAUGUCCAUGAAAUUAUGUGUGUCAAACAUAAAUGGCUUCAACCAUAAAAGGAUAGAUAAAUGAAAAAUACUGCCCUUAUGUAAGGAACCUGUUCACUCCUUCAGGGAGUCCAGUUUAAAUGAUGAAGUGAACUAUCCCUUCAGGAGAUGAGACUUUAGACAGCUUAGCUAUUAUCUUAAAUCUAUGUUAAUUAACAGAUUGAUGCCAUUAUGAUGGAGACAAUGAAUAUGCUUCAGAAUUAUUUGAAAUUCUAAAAUUGUCUUCUCACUAUGUGAUAUUAUAUCUUUUUGCCUUGUUUUGGAGUUCAUCACAUCUUAUAAAGAAAAGGGAAGCUGGGAAAUUGGCUCAAUGAGAAAGCACUUGCCGAGUGUGGAUGGAGCAAUAUCACAAAAGAAAAAGAAAAGGCUUGGAAAUAUUGGGUAUAAACAAGAAAUGGGUUGUCUCCAGUUUUCUCACCUUUCCCUCGUGUUGCUCUCAGUCUCUGAAGAGCCUGGAAUUCCUGUCCACUCUUCUAUUUUUGGGGGGGCGUGGGUGGGUGGGGGUUCGAGACAGGGCUUCUCUGUGUAGUUUUGAUGACUGUCCUGGAUCUCACUCUGUAGACCAGGCUGGCCUCGAACUCACAGAAAUCUGCCUGGCUCUACUUCCCAAGUGCUGGGAUUAAAGGCGUGUGCCACCACCACCCGGCCCUAUCAUUUUUUAAUUGUAUGUUUUCUUUGGGUUAUGAGAUGUUAUUUGACAUUAUUUUAAAGAGUUUCUGCUUUUUCUAGGUUUGUUUCAGAAAAGUCUGGAGAGCUUCAUGAAGGCUGAGUUGUUUGUGUCAGUUCCUGGCUGUGGUCCUCUGGAAGGCAGGGUAGUCUGUGCUAUAGAGCAGCUUACUCUUGAUGUAGGAACUGUGGCCUUGCAAAAUCAAGAUUUAUUCUUCCAAUUUCUAUUGGCCAUAUAUAUUAAUUCUUAAUAUUUUCCUUUAUGUUGAGUUGAAUAAUUAUAUAUACAUACAGUUAUUAAAAUGCCUUUUAUUCUAUACAUAAAUUCUUUUUAUUGAAAUAUGUUAAAUCACAAUAUGCUGGGACUUAAACUGUAUGAAGAAAUUAUAAAAGCUGCAUGAAAUGUGUUUGUUCAAAAUUUUCAAUAAAAAAUAUCUUUCCGAAAUGUCUCCCAUAACAUGUUAAAUGAA